AUGGCUGAUGUACCUUCCAAGUUGCCUGUCGAUUACAGUACCUGGCAAGAUGCUGUUAAGGCACACGGUCUUGUUGGCAAGACAGUGCAUACGGCUGAGCUUGCGUCGGCUUCCAAAAUGGACUUCAAGCAAUUUUUGCUCCUGCGUGUUCUCUGGAAACUACAUCUCGGAAAUCGACUGUCCAGCUUGCCACCAGUCCUGGAGCCAUAUCAUACCCAGGCCACAAUACUUCUCAAUAAAUCUCAAUCCUGGGCGAGCUAUUGCAGUAGCAUCGUAAACGGAGAAAAUCCAGAGGGCAGCUUUGCAAUUGCCCGACAUUAUCAAGUCAAAGCGGCCAACAAUGGGAAGUGUAUGCGACCGGACAGCUUUGAUACCCCAGUUGCCAAGCGCACCCGCAGCUACACAAGGAGAAAUCUGGAGGAAGAAUUUAGAAACCUCCAAGUUGACGAGACGCCAUCCAAGAGUCUCACACCGAUAUCCCAGAUGCCAAUUAGUGAGGAUUCGUCUGAUGAUGAUUCUGUUGUGGCAGACCCGCUGCUGCCACCCCCAACACCAGCUGCCCUGGUUCCUGAAGAUCUCCAGAAGUUGAUGUUUCCCCCUACCAAGGAUGAGCAAAUUGUAAACACUGCUCUUGUCGUGUUUCUGAAUUCUCUUACGAUUCACUUUCCCAUGAUCAAACGUUGUGACUGGACCCUGCACAGAAAAGCCUUUGUUCCCCAAUUUGAGGAAGCCAGGUUUGAAUCCAGGACUGAUGGGUAUCUUGAUGACGGCAAGGGAAAUCCUUAUGCCCUGAUCGAGGUUAAACCUAUUAUCAGAGCGCUCAUUAAUCAAAGCCGGAUCCAAGUGCAAGAGGGGUCACAGAUGGCCAGCUGGAUCAAAAUUGACAUUAAUGCUAAUUUGGACAAGCUGCGAGUUCACGUUUCCCAAAAUCGGCAUGAGAUUUUCAUCACUAUUGCAGAAUACGACAACGGUUAUGUGUCUUAUCUCCGAAAGAAGCCGGCCAAUGACGAACACCCGUCAUUCUUAACCAUGCAUCAAUAUGGCCCUUGGAAUACUGACAAUGCCGCGGACAUGAAGAAACUGGGCCCAAUUCUGCUUGCACUCACACUCUACGCUGAAGAUGAGGUGCAGAAGGCUGAAGCAUCUUCAUCUGAUUAG